UGUUAGUACAGGGAGGCAGAGUGACUACUGAAAGAUCAACGUUCAUCUGUAAAACUAUUAGAAUGUAAAUGUAGAAUCUCCUUUGUCGUGGGUAGCGUGUUUUAGCGUGUUUUAUCGUGUUUGAGUGUAAUGUUUUGAUAUGAAUUAGAGCUACAAAGAUGAAAGUUGCAGUAGAAGGCUGUUGUCAUGGAGAGCUGGAUAAGAUCUAUGAAAGCAUCAGUUACCUGGAGAAUAAAGAAGGUGUGAAGGUGGACCUGCUGCUCUGCUGCGGAGACUUCCAGGCCGUCAGAAAUGAAGGAGACAUGAAAUGCAUGGCGGUUCCUGCCAAAUACAGACAAAUGCAAACGUUCUACAAGUACUAUUCUGGUGAAAAGAAGGCCCCCAUUCUGACCAUUUUCAUUGGUGGAAACCACGAAGCAUCAAACCAUCUGCAGGAGCUUCCCUAUGGAGGCUGGGUGGCCCCCAACAUCUAUUACCUGGGUUAUGCUGGUGUUGUACGCUUUAGAGGUGUACGGAUUGGUGGUCUUUCUGGAAUCUUUAAAUCUCAUGAUUACAAGAAAGGACACUUUGAGUUCCCGCCAUACAAUCAAGAAUCCUUGCGUAGUGUGUACCACGUAAGGAACAUUGAUGUCUUCAAGCUUAAACAGAUCAAGAUGCCCAUAGACGUGUUCAUGACGCACGAUUGGCCACGAGGCAUCUAUCACUAUGGCAACACAAAUCAGCUUCUGCACAAGAAGAAGUUCCUCAGACAGGAGGUGGAGAGUGGGACCCUGGGCAGCCCGGCAGCUGCAGAGAUCCUAGAGCAUCUGCAGCCGAGUUACUGGUUCUCAGCUCACCUGCAUGUGAAGUUUGCUGCAAUAAUGCAACACCUGGCUAAGAAUAAUGCUGCCCCAAAGAUCACAAAGUUUCUUUCACUUGACAAGUGCCUUCCACAUAGAGACUUCCUACAGAUCGUGGAGGUAGCAGACAGACCAGGCUCCUCCGAGCAUCUUGAGUAUGACCCAGAGUGGCUGGCCAUCUUGAAAGCAACUGACAGGCUUCAGAAACCAUCCUGCAAAUUCUGGAACCCUCCACAGAACAAUGGCCUACAUACCCGGUGGGACUUUAGUGCCUCAGAGGAAGCUAUGAUGGAGGUUGUGAGCGAUUUGAGUGGUGACCUCUGUAUCCCUGAGAACUUCAGCCUGACAGUUCCCGCCUAUGACCCCAGCCACCCUCAGCCCAAUUCCCACCCAGCCUACUCCACCAACCCCCAAACAACAGAGCUAUGUGCUACCAUAAGCCUGACGGACAUCUAUGCCAUAGCUGGACGGGGUGGGCAAAGUUUCGAGGAAGAGGGUGCCUCCGGUGUGACUGAAGAGGAGGAUGAGGACAACCAGAGCACCGGUAGCAUAGAUGAACCCAGUGAAUAUCCCACUGACACCUCUGUCCUCUCCAGUUCCUACAACCCAGAUGAAAUUACCAUCGAGGACGAAUGGGAUGAAGUGGAGGAGGGGGUAGGAUGUACCGAGGAGAAAUGGACAGAUGCAGUUGUUCCUGAAGGGCGAGUUGGGGGCCAGGACAGCGAUAGAGACAGCAGCCCUUCACGAGAGAUGGCAGGCAGACUAAGCUUACCACCCCCAUGCGUUGCUCUUCGCUCCCCAUUGUCUCUCUCUCUUCCCCCUCCCUCUCACUCAGCAUCCCUCUCUCAGGGCAGCUCAGAGGAAGAGGGAGGCUUCACACUAGCCAGGGUCCCCAAACGCACCAGCGGGGAGAGAGCAGGUCCAGUGAGUCACUCUGGUGGCACACCUCGAAUCAAACGAAGAAACCAGAGUAUCUACACGGCAGCUGAGGAUGAAGAAAGUGAGGGGUUAUUGACUGUGUAACCAGUCCUGCACGAGCCGCUCAGAGCAUGAUUCAAACCAGCGUCUCCGGCAAUGGAGGCAUGCGUGCUACAAAGGAGGCUAAACACGACAGCGUCUAGCAUCAGUUGCUUGUGUGCCCCUUAUAGCCAG